AUGGACGAAUGUCGCAACUACCUAGCUCAACAAAUCCUAACUGAGGACAAGGUGGUCACGUACAGGCUCUUGAGUCGGGCGUUAAAAAUCCAUGUGAACACUGCCAAGGAGAUGCUCUACGAAUUUCAUAAAUGGCAGAAUGAUAAACGCCCAGGCACGCUUCACGCGACCUACCUGGUCUAUGGUACUCGCAGAAAGACCGAGGAGCCGGAUGGUGACGUGGAGAUGACUGAUUCCCAGUCCGAAUCCGGCUUUGGAACGUCUUUCUCGGAUGAGGUCCCUAUUCACACGUUGACCCUGGCCAAGGAGGAUCAACUUCAAGACGUUGUCCAGCAGUAUGAACAGGUCACCUCGAUACACGUCUACAGCCUGGCACCCCACCCGCUCAAGGAUCUACAGCUUCUGAUAGACACGGCCCAGGCUGUGACGAAGAUGUCAAUGGCAGACCAGUCGCCCAGCACUGGAAAGGCUUAUGGGUCCAUUGCAAACCCCGGCGUGCGUAAGAGAGAGCGCAAGGCCGGUGUGACCAAGGCGGCAGCGCCAGCUACCCAGGCUGCACCGGCUGUCAAGGUUGAGCCGAAGCCGCAAGUCAAGCAGGAGGCAAAGCAGCCUAUCAAAGAAGAGACCAAUGCAGUACCGGCGAAAGAGGGCAAGGCCCCUGCAACUACGGCUGCCAAGAAGAGCUCAGCUGCUCCGUCUCUCAAGCGACAGGGUUCGUCAGGCGGCAUCAGUCAGAUGUUUGCCAAAGCGGCGGCAAAGCCCAGGGCACCCGCUUCCAAAACAACUUCCACCACAUCAUCUGCCGCCGCCGAGGCGAGCGCAGCCUUGUCUGACGAGGGCGAGGAUGAUUCCGAGAUGCCAGAUGUCAAGCCUGACCCCGAGGCCGGCAAGGCGAGGAAGAGCCGACAGGCCGAGCUUCGUCGUAUGAUGGAAGAGAGCGAAGACGAGGAGCCUGAGUCAAAACCUGACACCCCAGUAGAGGAUUCUAUGGAGGGAGAGGAGUCAGAAAAGGAGGAGGAGCAGGAGGAGCAGGAGGAGCAAGAGGAGGAGCCAGUGGCGGUCGAACCGGAGCCAAAAGCCGAGGACGGCCCGGCAGAGAUAAUAUCAAGCACUGGUGAUGGCCGGAAACGUGGCCGAAGAAGAGUCACCAAGAAGAAGCAGAUCAUGGACGACCAAGGAUACUUGGUCACGAUACAGGAGCAAGGCUGGGAGUCCUUUUCGGAGGACGAGGCUCCCCCGCCAGUCAAGGCAAAGGUUGAGAAGGUUGAGAAGUCGGCUCCGGCCGCAAAGGGCAAGAAAACAGGGGCGAAAGGCCAGGGAAACAUCAUGUCAUUCUUCUCCAAGAAAUGA